GUUUGUUUACAAACACCGGCAAGUGUUUAUGUGUCACAAAAUUACACAAAUUUGAUUCACACCUAUCGUAUCAGUAUAAAAUUGAUAUUGGUUGCGAAAUACAUAUUUUGGAAUAUAUAACACAAAAUGUCCAAAAUAAUAGACGUUGAUGGAAGCAUGUUGGAAGGGGGUGGCCAAAUCCUUCGAAUGGCACUAUGCUUCUGUAUUCUUGGUAAAAAGUCGAUUCGCAUAUACAAUAUUCGUGGUGGCCGUAAAAAACCUGGAUUAUUAGCUCAACACAUGAAAGGGAUUGAGCUUCUGAGAGAUCUUUGUAAUGCGCACGUGAAAGGUUUGGGUUUGGGUUCAACGGAAAUUGAAUUCCAUCCCGGUAACAUUGGCCAGGGCAAAUUCGUGGCCCACGUACAGACAGCAGGGAGUGUGAGUCUGCUCAUGCAGGCCGUGCUACCAGUGGCUAUUUUUGGAUCCGGAGCAAUAACGCUUGAUCUCAAGGGAGGCACUAAUGUGGACAUGGCCCCGCAGGUUGAUUUCAUGACGGAAAUAUUUCGACCCAACAUGGAAAAGUUUGGUGCUUCGUUUGAUUUCGAUUUGUACCGUAGAGGCUACUUUCCACAAGGUGGGGGUCAUUGCGUGGUUAAUAUUAAUACAGUUCGAUCAUUGAGACCUGUAAAUUUGAUGGACUUCGGGGUGAUUGAAAGGUGCUUCGGCUGGAGUUUUGUAUCUGGUGCUGUGCCGAUGAAGGUAGCGAAGGAUUUAGCCGAUGGUGCCAAAGAUAUGCUCAAAAGGAUUUACCGUGAUCAAAUGGAGAUCGAAGAGUAUAGAGAGAGUGUGGACAUGGCAACUGGGAAUUGUUCUGGGAUCAUAUUGGGUAUUCAAACAUCAACUGGUGUUGUAAUGGGAAGCGCCGGGUUAGGCAAUCGCAACAAAGACGCAUUCCGAACGGGCGUAGAAACCGCCAACGUUAUCAAAUCUGCCUACAAACUGCGCGCUUGUGUCGAUCGACAUGUGCAGGACAUGCUGAUUGUUUAUAUGGCACUAGCGGAUGGUCAUAGUACGAUCAAAACGGAACCACUUACUAUGCAUACACAAACUGCCAUACACAUAGCAGAAAUGAUGUCUGAGGCGAAGUUUAAUGUUACUGAACAUGAGAAUGGUAGUUUCGUAAUAGAAUGUAACGGAAUAGGAUAUAGGAAUCAAAAUGAGUAAAUUGUCUAAGGAUUCUACUUGACAUCGAUUACCAAGCGAUUGCGUGCAGAUAAGAUCAACGAUGUGAUAUA